UACUAAUCAGAAUUAUAUAAAAAUAGGUUUUCCUAUUAUAGCUUAUUUUAUGUGUGAAUACUAGUGAUUUCUAAUAAAAUAUUUUCCUUCAAAAUUUAACAACUAAUUCCAUAUUUGAGAAAUUCAAGCAAGUCAUUGACUUACCGGAGUUUCAAACUAGGAAUUUUUAUCUGUUAUCGUCGCCGGCGCCGGUGAAAUGAGUCGGGCGAGGAAUCCGAUCAACAUAAGAGAAUUUACUAGAAAGAUCGAAGUUGACAAUCAAAUUCCUAUCCAAUAUUACUACAGGAUCGCUGAUAACUUUCUCAAAGAGGCAAACAAUCAUCGGCAGGAGAACAAUAUCAUAGAUCUCUACAUUCUGCUUCUCAGAUACGCAGGUAUUUUAUCAGAAACUAUACCUUUCCACCGAGACUACAUUACUUCAAAUGAUACAGAAAAGAGAUCUUACAGAAAGAAAUUACUGGAUGUCGUUCGUGAGCUGGAGUCCAUAAGGCCAGAAGUUGAAAAGGAAACUACUAAAGUGAACAAAGAACAUGCAUUGAAGGAACAGAAUCGACUAAACAAUUUGAGAAAAGCGCAAGAUGUUUCACAGGCAUCAUCGUCUAGACAGCCGCCUGUUAGUAGAAUGGCUUCCUUAUGGCCAGAUAAUAAGCAGGCAAGGCAUUCAAGACUGACUCUCAAUAUCCGUCGCCCUGUUAUCCCUGGAACUGUACCUUCAGCACCACCAAUUGACAAUUUGGUCAUAGAUAAUAAUGCCCCAUUGCCAUCUGAUUUAGACGAAUCUAGUUUUGUGGAUUCAUCUUCUUCAACAACAGAGAAGUUAACGAAGAGACACGACGGAGGGAGUACUAAUACUGCUUCAUCAUGUAUUAUAUGCUUUGAAGCUGCAAUUGAAGGGGCUUGUGUACCAUGUGGCCAUAUGGCUGGGUGCAUGUCUUGUUUGAAUGAGAUUAAAGCUAAAAGCUGGGGUUGCCCUGUCUGUCGCACUAAAAUCGAGCUGGUUUUACGUCUAUAUGCUGUUUAACAAUUGAAUAUCUUGGGUGUAAAUGUUUUUAGAAUUUCCAUUUAUCUACUUUGCUGUGUUCUGUAAAUUGUAAAGCAAAAGACAUGUCCGUUUCCAAGUUCUGGUUCUCAGCUUCCUUGUUUUUUUACCAUGUUGCAAAAGUUGGCAAUGUGUAUUAAGUUUAAUAGUCCAAGGCUCCAAGCUAUGCCUCAUAAAUAACCCACGUAAUUUCUUUCCUAGCAUGUGUUAUUCUUGCUAUUGUUGGUAUUUUCUGCAGCUUGAUGUCAUUUUGAAAUGAAGAUUGAAGUGUCUGAGCUAA